AUGCGUCAAUCAAGUACUUUGUUGUAUGCCGCCUUGUUUCUUUUAAUAGCGCUUGUUAAACCUAAUGUUGCUGAAAGUGACUCUCUUGUCAAUAGAAAUAAUCGUCCGUCAACGAGCAAAGAACGUCUAGCAGUUGGAAAUGACGCACAACACGUUUCUCAAGCCGCUCAAGAUUCAUUAGGUUCAGAUCCCGUAAUUGAAAUACCUCCACAAUCUCCUCAAUCGGUUCCAACUCCAAUGAAUGAAGUACCCAUUCAACCUUCUCAUGCGACUCCGACGCUUUCGAAUGAACUACCUGCUCAAUCGUCACAGGAAGAUCUGACUUCUGUGGAUGAAGUGCCUGUUCAACCUUCUCAACCGGCUCACAUUUUCGUGAAUGAAGUACUUACCCAACUCUCUGAGGCGACUCCGACUCCUUCAAAUGAACAACCUUCUCAACCGGCUCCGAUAUUGGCGGAUGAACUACUUGCUCAUCCUUUUCAAGCUGCUCCGGUUCCUGCCAAUGAAGUAUCUUAUCAUUCUUCCCAAGCGACUCCAACUCACACGAAUGAAGUACCUUCACAACCUCCUCAAUCGGCUCCGACUCCAGCGAAUGAAGUACCCAUUCAACCUUCUCAUGCGACUCCGACUCUUUCGAAUGAACUACCUGCUCAAUUGUCACAGGAAGCUCCAACUCCAGCGAAUAAAGUAUUCGCUCAACCUUCUCAACUGACUCCUAUUCUCGCGAAUGAAGUACCCGCCCAACCAUCUGAGGCGGCUCCGACUCCUUCGAAUGAACAACCUGCUCAACCUUCUCAACCGGCUCCGAUAUCGGCGGAUGAACUACUUCCUCACCCUUCUCCAGUUGCUCCGGCCCCUACCAAUGAAGUAUCUGCUCAUUCUUCCCAAGCGACUCCAACUCACAUGAAUGAAGUACCUCUACACGCUUCUCAAGCGGUCCCAACACCUACGAAUGAAGUACCGACUGAACCUUCUCAAGCAGCUCCGACUCGUACAAGUGAAGUACCUGCAGAACUUUCUCAGGUGGCUCCAACUCUUGUGAAAGAAGAACCUCUACGAUCUUCUCAAGUGACUCCAACACCUGCGAAUGAAGUAUCUCUUCAGUCUUCUCAAGCAAACACAGCUUCAGCAAGUGAAGUACCUGUCGAACCUUCUCACGCAGCCCCAUCUCCUACGAAUGAAGUACCUCCACAGCCUUCCGAGGCGGUUCCAACACCUACCAAUGAAGUACCUGUACAACCUUCUCAAACGGCUCCAACACCUGCGAAAGAAGCACCUACUCAAAGUUUUGAGACAGUCUUGACUCCCGACUAUGAAGCUCAAGCUAAUGCUAACCCAAUGUUUGAAAGUGACGUUCCAUCUUCUCAAAGUGAUUCAACGACUGAAGCUACUACAGAUGAAACUGAAGAAAUCGCUGUAAUAGAAGAUGAAAGCCAGAGUGAUACUGAAGGUGCACAUGAAGAAGUUAGCAAUCAGAAAUAUGAAGGUCAUCGAAGCGAAGAUCUUUAA